UGUUGGCUGAUAUUGGAGUACUCAUUCACUUCAAGUGGAUAAGCUAUUAAUCUCAAGACGAUAUCCCACGACAUGAGCCAAGAAGGAAAGCCACAACUUGUUAGAUUCAGGAAGUGUCUGGUUUGAAAAGUCACCACGGCUUAAUCGAGAGCCACCGGUACGAUCAGAUGAAUGUUUUAAAAAAAGAGGCCGCGGACAGAGACCAAACGCCGAAAGCGCAGUUACGACGCAGGGGCAGUGGGCGGCGAGAAACGCUGGAAAUGCUGGACAAGGAUCCCCCGACUCUGCGGACAAGGUUAAAGAAAAGGACAAACACAACCAGGGGCCUGACCCGAGUUCCCGACUCUCACAUGGCGGAAGCCGCACGCAAGGAACCAUCUUUAGGACUCCGGCCCGACCCGACGCUUCAUCCUCCUUCUGACAGACGAAACUCUCAGCCCCUUUCCGGUAAGGCGCAGGAAUAAAGACCGACAACACAGCCACUUAAGGAGGCUUACUAAUUCCCCUCAGUGAGGCUCGCCGCAGGACGCUUCUCUAAGGAACUUAACUCUGAUGCGAAACAGUCAGGUAGACCCCGCCCCUUUCCCGCCGAGCUGUGCGGCCGAGCAUGCGCAGCGCAGCUGGCUGGGAAUGAUCCAGUUCCCCUUAGCAACAGAAGGCGGGAAGAGCGUUUACAGUCCCGUGGGAUCUGACGUAUGAAGCCAUGCUAGAUAGCCACAAAUUUGGACACUUAGAGGCUGGGGCAGCGUCGGAUGGACUCAGGAAUGGCAGUUAGAUUUACUGGAUUCAAAAGAUGGGUCUCAGCAAUUUCUGUAAAUCCCCAAUUCCUUCAUCCUUGGGUGCCUGUGUCAUCUGCACGUGGAUUGGAAAGACAAGGUUGGAAAAGUUCAAGACGUGACACCAUUUGAGCCGAGGCUGAAUCAAAUCCAAGUGACAGACACUGUAUUCUGUCCAGUCACCGAUCCACUGUCCCUGAGGCUUCAUUACUGCACCAGGAAGAUGUGUCUGUGAACCAGUUUCAAGGAUGGAGAAACAAGAUGGGAGAAUCCUGUGUUCAUAAAUGAUGUUGUAGGAACACAACUGCUAAUGACCUGGAACACAUGCCUUGAACGGUGAUGUGAGAGAAAGAUAAACUUCAGUUUAUUUGAGGAGUCCAGCUAUCCUUCCCCAAGAAGAAAUCUAUUAGUUUUAGACUGGGGAAUUCCUUUACGUAAACAAUUAGAAUGAAAGAACCUUUGGAUGGUGAAUGUGGCAAGGCAAUGGCACCACAGCAGGGACUUCUGGACAAAAUUAAAGAAGAACCUGACAAUGCUCAAGAGUAUGGACAUGCCCCAAAGCAAAAAACUCAAGAAAGUGAACUGAAAAUUAGUGCUGUGUUUUCAGUCAGUGACAGUCCUCUUGCCCAACAGUUGACUCCAGGCUUUCAGUUUUCUCUUGCAUCAUCUGGCCCAAAUGUAUUGCUUCCUUCGGCUCCAGCCGUAGCUAUUCAGGUUUUUUGUUCUGGUUGUAAAAAAAUGCUUUAUAAAGGGCAAACUGCAUAUCAUAAGACAGGAUCUACUCAGCUCUUUUGCUCCACGCGGUGCAUCACUGGAUAUCCUUCACCUGUCUGCGUACCAACUCCUCCCAGGAAAACCUGCACAAACUGCUCAAAAGACAUUUUAAAUCCAAAGGAUGUGAUCACGACCCGUUUUGAAAAUUCUAGCAAAGAUUUCUGCAGCCAAUCAUGCCUUUCUUCUUAUGAGCUAAAGAAGAAGCCUGUUGUUACCAUAUAUACUAACAGCAUUUCAACCAAGUGCAGCAUGUGUCAGAAGAAUGCUGAUAUCCGAUUUGAAGUUAAAUAUCAAAAUGUGGUACAUGGUCUUUGUAGUGAUGCCUGUUUCUCAAAAUUUCACUCCGCCAACAACCUCACCAUGAACUGUUGUGAGAACUGUGGGGGCUACUGCUACAGCAGCUCUGGGCCUUGCCGGUCCCAGAAGGUGUUUAGUUCAACAAGCGUCACAGCAUAUAAGCAGAAUUCAGCCCAAACUCCUCCAUACGCCUUGGGGAAAUCAUUGAGGCCUUCAGCAGAAAUGAUUGAGACUACCAACGACUCAGGAAAAACCGAACUUUUCUGCUCUAUUAAUUGUUUAUCUGCUUAUAGAGUUAAGACCGUUAUUUCUUCAGGUGUCCAGGUUUCAUGUCAUAGUUGUAAAACCUCAGCAAUCCCUCAGUAUCACCUAGCCAUGUCCAAUGGAACUAUCUAUAGCUUCUGCAGCUCCAGUUGUGUGGUGGCUUUCCAGAAUGUAUUUAACAAGCCAAAAGGAACAAACUCGUCAGCGGUGUCCCUGCCUCAGGGCCAAGUGGUUGUAAGCCCACCGGCUGGGUCAUCAGUAUCAGCUGGAGGAGGUAACACCUCUGCUGGUUCCCCUGCUUCCAUCAGUGGUUCUCCUGCAGCCAGUUUCCGGCCUCUUGCGGCCCCAUCCCAGCAAGUUGCUUUAACCCGGACACUUGUUAAACUCAAGUGUCAGCACUGUAACCAUCUGUUUGCCACAAAACCAGAACUUCUGUUCUACAAGGGUAGAAUGUUUCUUUUUUGUGGCAAGACUUGUUCUGAUGAAUACAAAAAGAAAAAUAAAGUUAUGGCAAUGUGUGAUUACUGUAAACUGCAGAAAAUUAUAAAGGAGACUGUCCGAUUCUCAGGGGUUGAUAAGCCAUUCUGUAGUGAAGUUUGCAAAUUCCUCUCUGCCCGUGACUUUGGAGAGCGCUGGGGGAAUUACUGUAAGAUGUGCAGUUACUGCUCACAGACAUCCCCUAAUUUGGUAGAAAAUCGAUUGGAAGGAAAGCUAGAAGAGUUCUGUUGUGAAGAUUGCAUGUCCAAAUUUACAGUUUUGUUUUAUCAGAUGGCCAAGUGUGAUGGCUGUAAACGACAGGGUAAGCUAAGUGAGUCCAUAAAAUGGCGAGGAAACAUCAAACAUUUCUGUAACUUAUUUUGUGUCUUGGAGUUUUGUCAUCGACAAAUUAUGAAUGACCCUCUUUCACAAAAUAAAGUAAAUAUUUAUAAGGCGCAAACUACUUCAACGGAGCUCCCUUCUACAAGGAAAAAUACAACACCAGUUAUAACCAGUGUGGUGUCAUUGGCAAAAAUACCUCCUGCCCAGCCCACAGGGAACACUAAUAGUGUUUUAAAAGGUGCAGUUACUAAAGAGGCAACACAAAAAGUCAUUGAAGAUGGAAACACACAGAUAGAUGCCACAAAACUUCUAUCUUCCCAGUCUUCCAAGCUUUUAAAGAACAAAGCAGUAUUGUGCAAGCCUGUCACACAGACCAAGGCCACCUCUUGCAAACCACAUACACAACACAAGGAAUGUCAGACAGAUUUACCUAUGCCUAAUGAGAAAAAUGAUGCGGAACUUGAUUCUCCACCUGCAAAGAAAAAAAGAAUAGGUUUUUUCCAGACUUAUGAUGCGGAAUAUUUAAAAGUUGGUUUUAUUAUCUGUCCAGGAUCAAAAGAAAGUUCACCAAGGCCACAAUGUGUCAUUUGUGGAGAAAUCUUAUCCACUGAAAACAUGAAGCCAGCAAAUCUUUCUCAUCAUCUGAAGACAAAACAUUCAGAAUUAGAAAACAAACCAGUAGAUUUUUUUGAACAAAAAUCUCUUGAAAUGGAAUGUCAGAAUAGUUCUUUAAAAAAGUGUUUACUAGUUGAAAAGUCACUUGUGAAAGCUUCUUAUUUAAUUGCUUUCCAAAUUGCUGCCAGCAAGAAGCCAUUCUCCAUUGCCGAAGAAUUAAUUAAACCAUAUUUAGUGGAAAUGUGUUCAGAAGUUUUGGGUUCAAGUGCUGGAGACAAAAUGAAAACCAUUCCUCUUUCUAAUAACACGAUUGGACACAGGAUUGAUGAGUUGUCUGCAGACAUUGAAGAUCAGCUGAUUCAAAAAGUCAGAAAGUCAAAGUGGUUUGCCCUUCAGGUAGAUGAAUCAUCAGAAAUCUCAAAUAUCACCCUUCUUUUGUGCUAUAUUCGUUUCAUUGAUUAUGAUUGCAGUGAUAUAAAAGAAGAAUUACUAUGUUGCAUUGAAAUGCCUUCUCAAAUAACUGGUUUUGAAAUAUUUGAACUAAUAAAUAAAUAUAUUGAUAGUAAGUCUCUGAAUUGGAAACACUGUGUUGGUCUCUGUACAGAUGGGGCUGCAAGCAUGACUGGCAGGUGUUCUGGUUUAAGGGCAAAGAUUCAAGAAAUCGCCACGAAUACAGUGGCAUUUACACACUGUUUUAUUCACCGUGAGCAUUUAGCAGCAGAAAAGUUGUCUCCAUGCUUACAUAAAAUUCUUUUGCAGUCAGCACAAAUUUUAAGUUUUAUAAAGAGCAAUGCAUCAAAUUCACGAAUGUUAACAAUUUUGUGUGAAGAAAUGGGGCCUGAGCAUGUGAAUCUACCCCUUCAUGCUGAAGUACGUUGGAUUUCGAGAGGGAGAAUUUUAACAAGAUUAUUUGAACUACGACAUGAAAUUGAAAUUUUUUUAAACCAGAAGCAUUCAGAUUUGGCCAAGUAUUUUCUUGAUGAAGAAUGGGUUGCAAAGCUGGCCUAUUUAUCAGAUAUUUUUUCACUUAUAAAUGAACUCAACUUAAGUCUCCGAGGAACUAUGACUACUCUCUUCAAUUUGUAUAAUAAAAUGGAUAUACUUAAGGAAAAGUUAAAAAUGUGGUUGAAGCGCACACAAGAGAAUGAUUAUGACAUGUUCCCUUCAUUUUCCGAAUUCGUAAACUCAUCAGACUUAAAUAUGAGAAGCAUUGCAAGCAUUAUUUUUGAGCACCUGGAAGGACUUUGUCAAAUGUUCAAUGACUGUUACCCACCAGAAGAAGACUUGCGUUCAGGAAAUUUGUGGAUAAUUAAUCCUUUUAUGAAUUCCAAAGAUAGUAAUCUCAUGGACUUCGAAGAAGAAAAACUAGUACAGCUAUCUUCAGAUUUGGAAUUACAGUCAAUAUUUAAAUCAAUGUCUGUGACUCAGUUUUGGAUAAAUGCAAAGACAAAUUACCCAGAACUCCAUGAAAAGGCAAUGAAGUUUUUAUUGCCCUUUUCAACUGUUUAUUUAUGUGAUGCUACAUUUUCCGCUUUGACUGAGUCAAGACAAAGAAAUCUGUUGGUUUCUGGUCCUGCUCUAAGACUUGCAGUCACAUCUUUAAUUCCAAGGAUAGAAAAAUUAGUAAAGGAGAAAGAAUAGUAAGAUGGGUAUUGCUAAUGAUCAAAGUCUAUAAUUUUGUGUUAAAUUUUGUAUAAAUAUCCUAAAAUAUAAUUUCCUAAUGUGGA